AUGAAGGCCAGAGCCUGUCUGCCCUUGGGCGGCGCAAGCUCCCCGAAUCUAUCGCUCUUCAAGAGGAUUGGCAGCUACGUGCCAGGGAGGGCGUACUUCACGACAAGGCCCUCGGCGUCAGCUGUGUCGUCUGCAUCGAACGGCGGCGUGCCCUACUCGCGGCUCACGAUCGGCGUGCCGAAAGAGAUACAUCACACCGAGCGACGUGUAGCGAUUAGCCCUGCCAAUGCGCGACUGCUCACGAAGCAGGGCUUCAAGGUAGUCAUAGAAGACAACGCAGGCUUCAACGCGAAGUUCCUCAAUGAGGAGUACGUCGCCAAUGGCGCUGAGAUUGCGGCCAAUUCGACCGAGACCCUCGCUGCGGCCGACAUCGUGCUGAAAGUGAGGCCACCGCUGGAGAACAAGGAACUCGGGAGGCAUGAGGUGGAGAUGCUGAAGGAUCGAUCGACCCUCAUCUCAUUCCUGUGGCCCGCCCAGAACCGAGAUCUCGUCGAUCGCAUGGUGGCGCAGAAUAAGGGACUCAACGUCUUCGCGAUGGACGCCAUACCUCGCAUCUCGCGCGCCCAGACCUUCGACGCUCUCUCCUCCAUGGCCAACAUCGCAGGAUACAAAUCCGUUGUACUUGCUGCGAACCAUUUCGGUCGAUACUUCACUGGCCAGAUAACUGCCGCAGGAAAGGUACCACCUGCAAAGGUGCUGGUGAUCGGCGCGGGCGUAGCUGGCCUGUCUGCAGUUGCCACAGCCAGGAGCAUGGGCGCGAUUGUGCGAGCAUUCGACACGAGACCGGCUGCUAGAGAACAGGUGCAAUCGUUGGGUGCCGAGUUUCUGGAGGUGCUUAUCAAGGAAGAGGGGGAAGGAGGCGGCGGGUAUGCCAAAGAGAUGUCGAAGGAGUUCAUCGAAGCAGAGAUGGCCCUGUUCGCCAAGCAGCUCAAGGAAGUUGAUAUCGUCAUCACUACGGCUCUCAUUCCAGGCAAGCCAGCUCCAAGGCUGAUCACCAAGGCGAUGGUGGACGCGAUGAAACCGGGCUCCGUUCUAGUUGACUUAGCCGCAGAAACGGGAGGCAACAUUGAAGUGACCAGGCCAGGAGAGAUCUACACUUACAAGGUCAGUUCUUGCUUCACUCUCCGCAUGUACAUGCAUGAAUGCGCUAAUCAUCAAGUGCUCCAGGACAUAACUUGCAUCGGCCUCACCGAUCUGCCCAGCCAGCUGCCCACGCAAUCGUCAACUCUCUACUCGAACAACAUCACAAAGUUCUUGCUCUCUCUGACGCCCGCCGAUGGGACAAAGAACGCUUUCGGGAUCAAUCUCGAGGACGAGCUACUCACUGACCUAUCCUCUGCCUCCGUCCAUGAAGCCAUGGCCGCGGCAGCAGACCAAGCUGUUAAGGAGCUAAAGAAGGAAGAGCUAGUGCAGGAUCCGUACAAGGCCGCACUCAAGAACAUCACUAUGACAUCGGCCGCCUUCACUGCUGCGCUAGCGCUGGGCACCUUUUCGCCGCCGGGCUUUGACACUGCCCUGACGACGUUUGCACUGGCUUCGAUUGUGGGCUAUCAGGUCGUCUGGGGAGUGACCCCGGCUCUCCACUCGCCUUUGAUGUCGGUCACCAACGCCGUGUCUGGCGUUGUGGGCAUUGGUGGAUUGCAUCUCAUGGGCGGAGGCUACUUGCCCGACGACAUGCCCAGCCUUCUAGCCGCCAGCGCCGUGUACAUGUCCGCCGUCAACGUAUUCGGCGGAUUCAAGGUCACUGGUAGGAUGCUGGACAUGUUCAAGAGGGAGGGCGACCCCAAGGACUACGGCUACUUGUAUACUAUCCCCACCGGCCUCUUCAUUGGCGGAGCUCUCGCGGCGCAGUCAAUCUACGGACCCCAGUCCCUCCACUCUCUUGCCGGCCUCGUCUCCGCCGGUUCCUGCAUCGGCGCCCUUGCGUGCUUGUCCAACCAAAAGACUGCCAGGUUGGGCAACACCCUUGGCCAAGUUGGUGUGGCCAUUGGCGUAGCAGCCACGCUGAGCCACAUUGCGCCAUCGCCUGAAGUGCUUGCCCAGAUGGCGCUCAUCUCUGGUCUCGGCGGUGCCACGGGCUUGGCCAUCUCGAAGAAGGUCGCCAUUACCGACUUGCCUCAGCUGGUGGCUGGCUUCCACAGUUUGGUCGGUCUGGCGGCUGUGGCUGUCUCGGUGGCGCAGUACAUGCUGGACUACGACACCUUUGCCAUGGACCCCAUGGGCAACGUAGAGAAGGGGGCCAUCUUCCUGGGCACCUUUAUCGGCGGCGUGACCUUCACGGGCUCGCUCACUGCCUUUGCUAAGCUCCAGGGUCUUCUCAACUCCAAGCCGCUGCAGCUUCCCGGGCGCAACGUGCUCAACGCCGGCCUUGCCCUCUCGAAUGUGGGCGCGUUUGCUGGAUUCAUGUCUACUGCCGACCCGAUUGCCGGUCUGGGCUAUCUGGCCUACUCAACUAUUUCGUCGUUUGCGUUGGGAGCCCACGCCACCGCUUCCAUUGGAGGCGCCGACAUGCCCGUCGUCAUCACCGUGCUCAACAGCUACAGCGGCUGGGCCUUGUGCGCUGAAGGCUUCAUGAUGGGCAACGACUUGUUGACCAUUGUGGGCGCGCUGGUCGGUUCGUCGGGCGCCAUCCUGUCGUACAUCAUGUGCAAGGCCAUGAACAGGCCCCUGCUGUCCGUCAUCUUUGGCGGCUACGGCAUCAGCACCGCUCCGCAGACACAGCUCUCUGGCACGGUGCAGGAGUGCAACGUUGACGAGGCGGUGGAAAUGCUCACCAACGCCAAGAGCGUCAUCAUCACUCCCGGUUACGGCAUGGCCGUGGCCAAGGCCCAGUACGCCAUUGCUGAAAUCACCAAGCUGCUGCGGGAGAACAACGUCAACGUCCGCUUCGGCAUCCACCCCGUCGCUGGCCGCAUGCCUGGCCAACUCAACGUGCUCCUGGCCGAGGCCUCCAUUCCCUACGACAUCGUGCACGAGAUGGAGGAGAUCAACGAAGACUUCCCCAAGACGGAUCUGGCUCUGGUGAUCGGUGCCAAUGACACCGUCAACUCGGCGGCCGAGGAGGACCCCAACUCCCUCAUCGCCGGUAUGCCCGUGCUUCAAGUGUGGAAGGCCAAGAACGUCAUCGUCAUGAAGAGGUCACUCGCCGGUGGCUACGCGGACGUGCCCAACCCGGUGUUCUACAAGCCCAACACGUCGAUGCUCUUCGGUGACGCCAAGAAGACGUGUGACGCUCUUCUCGCCAAGAUCGCCCUCCACUACAACGUCGACCGCGAGUAA